GACCCCACUAGCUGGGGUGUUUAUAUGCUCUUUCUUCUCUACCAUUGGCUGGUGAUGGCCUCUCUGUCCAACGCAGCACCACAAACCAUACGUGCGAAGUGCUGUCACCAUGUGUCACAAUGACAGCAUCAUUUGGGGAAGGAUUUCUGGUUGCUGCUUCUGGGUGCAUUGGCAAAUAACCGUCACCAAAAAGGAGAUCAAGGACAUUUUAUUCAAACAUUACAAAAAGUUUAAAGUGGAGAUUUCAAAGGCAAUAAUAAAGCCAUUUCCAUUUCUUGAGGGUCUCCGUGACCGUGAACACAUCACCAACGAAAUGUAUGAAGAUUGUCAAGACUCUUUUAGAAACCUGACCCCUCUCCACAAAGUGGUAUACAAAGUUCUCUUGGAGAUGGAGAAGGCAUUUGAUAUGGAAGUUCUGGACGCAUUGUUCAGCCAGGUCAACAUGCAGGAAUAUCCUGAAUUAACUCUCAUUCACCAAAGUUUUGUAUAUGCAAUCCAAAAGAGCCUGAAUAUCCAAGAGGGUGAUGGGGAAGAGGCGGAUGAGAGAUCUAACAGACACCUCAGGAUGGAACAAGGAUUUGGUGAAAACUCUUUUAUCAGAAGCCUGAUAUGGUCCUCGGAUCACUUGUCUUCCUACGGUUCUAUUCUCCUGGAAAAUGAACUGACAGAGGGUCACCACACACAACAGACAGAUGGAAGGCAAGCAAAUGGAACCCAUGACCACAAUGAUGAAUCAGGCUGCCAAGAAGCAAUCAAACAACAGACUCAAGAGUCUACACCUGCAGAGUCCCAGGAACAAGAAGCUGCCUACGUGGACCCCUGGGACGCAAGCUUACAGCCACCCAGCCCCCUGGCCUGCAUCGAAGAAAGAGUCAGGCUGCCUUCUCAUGAAACCCAAAUGAGUUCCUGUUCUGUGCUCCUCGUGGAUAUAAAGAAGGAAAACCCAUUUAAUUACUGGAGUGCUGAGCAACCAGCCGGAACAAGGACUAGACAUGACCAGGCUUCUGACAUCAUAGAAAUCAGCAGUGAUGAUUCUAAAGGAUCCAAUGAUGAAGAUGAGCCUGCAGAGACUUUGCCAAGAAGCCAACCAGCUAUCAACAACCAUAGUCUGUUAGGAUUGCAUGAGAAAAUAGAGGAGCAAGAGGCCACUUGUUCACAACCCCAGCUGGCACCAGAGUCUAUAGAUUUCAGAAAAUCUGUUACGUUCCAGAAAAGGCUUGGGCAACAUGUGAGAGGACAUGACUGGAAUUCCUCGGAGUCCAGCGAGGAGGAUUUGCCUCCAGUAUCCUGGCUCUCAGCACCAAGGAAGGAGCCUGGUGAGACUAAUUCUAUGGAUAUUGGAAAAGCAUCUACCUGGAGAAAACAUAAGAGGAAAAGACAUGCCAUGGAUGGUGGAAAUACUUCUACUUUGGCAAAAGACAGAGGGGAAAAAAAGAAAGUGAGAAAGCAAAGACGCCAAGUAAAGCAGGCCCAGCCAGGAAGAAAAGAAACCAAUGUUAAACGUCAGAGAAAAAGCAGAAAAAGAGGCCCAAGAAUUCCCAGAGAAGAAAAUGUGGACUUUUUCUCUCCUGAACUUGCCGUGACCUGUGGUGAUGCUAAGGGAAUUCUUCAUAUGAAGAAAUUUAAACAGAGUGUCUUGGUGAGGAGUAUACAGAGUGAAGAUGGACGAUGGUUCACCCCCAGGGAGUUCGAAAUCAAAGGAAAAUUUGAAGCAUCCAAGAACUGGAGGCUGAGCGUGCGUUGCCACGGGUGGCCUCUGAAAGAACUGAUAAAGAAAGGAAUUCUACCAGACCCACCAAGGAAAAAGCAGAAUACAUGGUCUCAUAACCAAACAUUAAUUGAUUCUUAUCUGACAAAACAAGUGGGUGUGAAGUACCCCAGCAAGGGGGAAAGAUGGUCACUGUGAGACCUGCACUGCGCCCUCCAGAACCACAAAGCAUCUCUCCAAGGCAAGCUGGGACAUACAGAAAAGGCUCAUCUUGAGAAGGAUUUCAAAACCAAUUUUUUUUUCGGUCAUGGGGUCUGAACUCUGGGCCUGGGCGCUGUCCCUCAGCUCUUCAGCU